UGCUUCUCUAUUCUUGGAGCAUAGCAAUGGUGCUAUUGAGCAUCAACAUUCCCCUAUCCUGCAAUACUGCACACAUUGGGCGGGUUUCCGCCUAUUGAAAAGCCAUGGCCACCUCGCCACCCACCACGACUGCGCUGGCGCACCCCGUCCGCGCUGCGUCGCCCGACCUCCAGCACCCAACGCCCGACCUCCAGUCACUCCAGGGGGCCUACGUCGGCAACAUCGAACGCCUGGAGGAGCACGCAGAGCGCAUGAGCGAGAAGGGCUCUGAUCUGGGAGAAGAGAUACGGAAAUUGCAUCAAGAGCAGAAAUUGUCCGACAGCCGCCGAUCAUCCCUCCUAUCCGCUUUUGUGGCUGAGGAGCCCAUCCGACGCAUUGAUACGAGGAGCCGCGGCGCGUCCGUCAGCUCUUUCACCAACUCGAUCGUCGACGUCAACGGUGCUGCGCGCUGGGGAGGAUACUCGCCCGGCGGCUACCUGGCCUCACCCACGGGCUCACUCCGGUCCAGCUCCUCGCAACCCGCCCUGCAGCGCCAGCGGUCCAACUCGAAAGCAUCCCGCCUGGACCAGAUCAUGCGCGUCGACGAAGAGGAGGAGACAAUGGAGCGGAUCGAGGAGCAUCCAGGCUCGCCGCCGCCUCGCCGGGACAGCGACUCGCAGCGUCAACAAUCGCCGCCCCUCACACGGCCUCGUUCUGUCUCGUCCUUCACGCGACAGUACGACGAAAUGGCGCAGCAGCUCCAGCAAGAGCUCCGUCACAGUGUCAUCCUCGCCGACUCCUACGAGCACCAACAGCAGAAUGCUUACGAAGACCGGGACCUGCCCGAUCGUCCUCCCACGGCCGCCUCGACCGACACCACCCACAAACUGCGUACACUGUGGCAGGAUUUUGAUGGUACACAUUGUCCAGAUGCGGUGCCGGAGGACGAGCCUAUGAACUUUGGGGGCAACGGGAGCCGAGACUCUUCCCUGCUGAAGCCAGCGCCGGGGCCUCUGCCUCAAGGAGCACCUCCCCCGGACGACGGCAUGGUCUACUACCCAGCGCCUGUGCCGCGGAUGCUCAACCUGCCCCAGCGACUGUCUAAAGUCCCAAACACAAACGUGCAAGCAAGGCGACGCACCCAGCUCCUGGAGUCAAUGCAAAACGAGAAUCGGAAAUCUGCACCGUGGCUGUCUGAGAAUGGCCCAUCACCGACAUCUCCAAAGGCGAACAGGAAAAGCAGAAACUUGGCCAAUCUUCCUCCUCAGCUACGGGCAAGUGCAUACUUCGAUGCUCCUGCACCUGCCCAGGAAUUUGAAGUGAAGGGUGAAUCUGCCCAAGAUACGCUGAACAACAUCCUUGAAGCGUCUGCACACGCUCCCGUGUCCGCUUUCACGGAUCAUCCGUAUGCUGGGCAUGUUGGUAACGAGGUCUAUGGACAAGAAAAGAAGAAGCAUCAACGGACGGGCUCGAAGGCGAACGAGCUCGAUAAGAUUGAGUCACGCAAGAGUCGAAGCUCUUUGAAUCUGUUGGACACGCGGCGAAAUUCACAUGGUGACCCGCUGAACAAGCUGAAGAAACGCAAUAGCUCGGCGGAUCUCAACCUGUUGACCGUGCGCGCUACGGAAAGCCGAAUGAGCUUGGGCGAUGAGCUCGAAGACCACGAUCCUGAUGCUAGAGGCCCUGAUCCGAACGACGAGCAUGCGGUACACUCCGUUGACGGCGACCGUGAACAUUCUGAAGAUGACGAGGAAGAGGAAGAAGAGGAAGAACCGGAGGAGCAGUACUUUGGUGCCCCGACGACGCUGCUUGCUGAGCUUCAGAUGCGCAAAGCUCAACAGAAGACACGCAAUCUCACGGCAGCAACAGCUUUCCCGAACGGCAUGCAUGCUACCUUGUUGGAGCUUGACGCUGUCGCGGAGAUUGAGAAAAAGAAGCGACUGAAAAAGAAGGUCAAUCUUGCUUGGGAGGCGCAAGCUCCUCCAGAAGAAGACGCAGAUUCGGAUGAAGAUGUUCCCCUCGGAAUGUUGUAUCCUGGACGUGAUGGCCUAGCCAACCAACGAAAGGGCGCAGCUACAAAGGAUGACUGGGAUCGACCGAUAGGCUUGAUAGCACAGCGUGAGAUAGAGCAGAAUGAGCCUCUCAGCCAGCGAAAAUCUCGACUAUAUGGCAACAACCGAGACACAAAGCUCAUGGAUCCAACAAGACGCAACACGCAGUUUACAGAGCUCAAUCGUUCCAGCCAGCAUCUCGACGUCCCAACGUCCACGACGCCUCAGCCUGAAUCGGAAGAGGACGAAGGCGAAACUCUUGCACAGCGCAUUCGUCGCCUAAAAGACCAGCAGGCUCUUGAUGAAGCCGUUGUUGACGUACGAAAGAGUACCGUAAGCCAUGAUUUCGCGACUGAAAUGAUGAGCCAGUUCGGCAUCAACGAAGAAGAGAAGCCUAACCCAGCAGCAUCCCCUGCGAACGACGGCGAGGAAGAAACCCUGGGUCAAAGACGAGCGCGUCUGCAAGCGGAAGCCCUCGCCAGAGGUGAUGCCAAUCCUCAUGGCAGCCGACCUCCUCUCCGAGCCUCCAUGUCGAUGGCUGAUGUGCUUGGGGCGCACCCAAUUGACCCGAACAACUCGGCACGCAAGGUUUCAGACGAACAACUCCUCUCCUCCCUCCCACAGGGCAGCCUGCUUGCCAAAAAUGCAAUCAAGCAAGAGCGUCGUCGCGUAUCACGAAUGGACCUAAAUCAGCGCAGCUCUACAUAUAACCUCGAGCAGCCACUCCUGGGUGAAGGUGUCGGCAGGGCAACACAAGACCAGCCCAUUGGUGCAAACAUUCAAGCCUACAAGGAUAGGAUGGCGGGCGUGAACCUUGCUACGCCGAUGACUGCGCCCGCGUUGUCUGGUAAUCCCAUGACGAACGCUUCCAUGUCCUCCGUCAAUCUGCUCGGAGGGCAGCGCAACUCGUACUUCCCGCAGGCGCAAUCGCAGCAGCCGAUGAUGGGGAUGGGCGGUUACGGCAUGAUGCCGCAACAGAUGAUGGGCAUGCAAAUGAACAUGGCGGGUAUGCCUAUGGGCGGCAUGCAAGGAAUGGGAUAUCCACAGAUGGGCCCAAUGGGUAUGGCUGGCAUGAGGCAGUCGUCCAUGAUCAACCUGCCGACGAUGCCAAUGAGCGGUAUGAACAUGAACAUGGGGAUGAUGCGGCCCGGUAUGGGCAUGCAGCAGAACAUGGGCCCCAUGAUGGUGGAGCCACCAAUGGAUCCACGACAGAGGGAUGCCAUUGAUCGGUGGAGGUCUUCCGUCAUGCAUUGAGCAUUCACUUCGUCUUCUUUCUUAGGAGUAUUUUAUGGUCGUUGCAUUUAGCGUUCUGAUUUUUGGCACUAGCAUAGCAUCGCAUGGCGCUUCUACAGAGUAUACACACGGUUCGGAUGGUAAUAUCGUCAUGGGAAAAGGCAUCGGUAAUGUUAAGGCAUUUUGGAUUGCAGCGUAUAGCUUGUAAUAAUGUAAUAAUGUCACCAAAGGCACUCUGCUGCCUCGUGGG